UCCUUUUCCGCCAGGCGCCGGGUCCAGCGCACAUGGCCUGCUAGUACCGCCGAUCGUAGUUUUUGGGGAGAAGAGAGGAAAUUCCUUAGGAUUCCAUCACGGAGAACACACGUAACUACCGGUGACCGCAGAGAGCAUGCAGGAGACCGAUAACGGGAUGGAAGGACCCGAUCCUGACAUGGAGGACGAGGAGGCCACGGAGGAGGAAAUCUCCUUCAGCGACCCGGAGGAAUUUGUGGAUGAUAUCAGUGAUGAAGAGUUGCUUGGCGAUGUCCUGAAAGAUCGUCCCCAGGAAGCAGAUGGUAUUGAUUCAGUGGUUGUUGUAGACAAUGUGCCACAAGUUGGACCUGACCGUUUGGAGAAACUUAAGAACGUUAUCAAUAAGAUUUUCUCAAAAUUUGGGAAGAUUACUAAUGAACACUAUCCUGAUGUAGAAGGGACAACAAAGGGAUACAUUUUUCUCGAGUACGCGCUACCUACUCAAGCACAGGAUGCCGUAAAAAAUGCAGAUGGAUACAAGCUGGACAAACAGCACACUUUCCGUGUGAAUCUCUUUACCGACUUCGAUAAGUACAUGGUCAUUUGUGAUGAAUGGGAAGUGCCCGAAAAACAGCCUUUUAAAGACUUUGGGAAUCUGCGUUCGUGGCUGGAGGAGGCAGACUGUAGAGAUCAGUACAGUGUUAUCUUUGAGUCUGGAGAUCGAACCACCAUCUUCUGGAAUGACGCUAAAGAACCUGUUCCAGUGGAGGAGAGAGCGAGGUGGACAGAGACGUAUGUUCGGUGGUCUCCAAAAGGCACUUACCUGGCCACCUUCCAUCAGAGAGGCAUUGCUUUGUGGGGAGGUGAGAAGUUUAAGCAAAUUCAGAGGUUCAGCCACCAGGGCGUACAGCUCAUCGACUUUUCUCCAUGUGAAAGGUAUCUUGUUACGUUUAGCCCGCUAAUGGACACACAAGAUGACCCUCAAGCCAUCAUCAUUUGGGAUACCCUAACUGGUCACAAUAGAAGAGGAUUUCACUGCGAGACCUCAGCACAUUGGCCAAUUUUCAAAUGGAGUCAUGAUGGGAAAUUCUUUGCUAGAAUGACAGUAGAUACACUUAGUAUUUAUGAAACACCUUCUAUGGGCUUGUUGGACAAAAAGAGCUUGAAAAUCCCUGAUAUAAAGGACUUCUCGUGGUCUCCAGGAGGUAACAUAAUUGCAUUUUGGGUACCAGAAGAGAAAGAUAUCCCUGCCAGGGUAACAUUAAUGCAGCUCCCAUCUAGGCAAGAAAUAAGAGUCAGAAAUCUGUUUAAUGUUGUUGACUGCAAGCUGCACUGGCAGAAGAACGGGGAUUAUCUUUGUGUGAAAGUGGACAGAACACCGAAAGGCACACAGGGUAUGGUGACCAACUUUGAAAUCUUCAGAAUGAGAGAGAAGCAGGUUCCAGUUGAUGUUUUUGAAAUGAAAGAUGGUAUCAUUGCCUUUGCCUGGGAACCCAAUGGAAGCAAAUUUGCAGUUCUACACGGAGAAGUGCCCCGGAUAUCGGUUUCAUUCUACAAUGUCAAGAACAAUGGAAAAAUUGAAUUGUUAAAAAUGUACGACAAGCAGCAGGCCAACACAAUCUUCUGGAGUCCGCAAGGCCAGUUCUUGGUUCUAGCAGGUUUGAGAAGUAUGAAUGGUGCCCUGGCCUUUGUGGAUACAUCCGACUGCACCAUAAUGAAUAUUGCAGAGCAUUAUACAGCUUCAGAUGUGGAGUGGGAUCCAACAGGAAGAUACGUUGUGACAUCUGUGUCGUGGUGGAGCCACAAGGUAGACAAUGCUUAUUGGCUGUGGACAUUCCAAGGUCGCCUCCUUCAGAAGAACAGCAAGGACAGGUUCUGCCAGCUUCUGUGGAGACCCAGACCCCCAACUUUGCUAAGCCAAGACCAAAUCAAGCAAAUCAAAAAAGAUUUAAAGAAGUACUCGAAGAUAUUUGAGCAGAAAGAUCGUUUAAGCCAAUCCAAGGCUUCAAAGGAACUGGUGGAGCGUAGAAGAACGAUGAUGGAAGAAUAUAGGAAAUAUCGAGAAAUGGCUGUGCAGCUUUACCUGGAACAGAAAGAUGCACGUCUUGAGCUUAGAAGAGGUGUAGAUACAGAUGAGCUGGACAGCAUUCUAGAUGACUGGGAGGAAGAAACUAUUGAAUUCUUUGUAACUGAAGAAAUUAUUCCUCUGGAGGAGUAGUCACCUGCGGCAUUGCACCACCCUAUCUGUCAGUGAAAACAACUCUCCACCUGGGCAAAAAAAAGCUUCCAAGGCUUUAUUUUAUUCCUUCUAUCACGACCUUGAAUGGACAUCGCAUCGCUCGUUUGCAAAGUUGUGCCUUUAACCUUCUCUGGAGGACAUAUUAAAGCGCACUUCUUUUUAAUUUGAUAUUAACGCUUUCCUCAAUACCACAAUCUGCUGCUGGUUGCUCUGGCUAAUCUGCUGCACUGCGGAUAAACGUCCUGAAUCUCAGUGGACAUUGGUUCAGCUUGUGAAGGGCUUUUUGUACUUCUCUUCUCAUUGGACAGUCAACUGUUUUGGCUGGAAAAUGAAAGUGUCAGAUAUAACUUGUGUACAUUUUAGUGUGCUGAUCCAGCACUACAGUGGACUAUAUCCUCCACCAUUCAGAUUGCAACAUUAUGAGGUCAAGAUGGAAUUUAAAGUAAACCCAUAUUUAACAAA